GGAUAUUCAUCGUUGUAUUGUCCGAACUUGAAAUAAUUGUUUUUGUUCCCUUUCCUUUCGGCCAAGGAUACGGCUGAUCCCGGUCGCAAGACUCUUCUCAGAUAUUGCUCUAGAGGAUGUCUUCCCAAGAGGAUAAAUACUCGGUUCUUUUGCCGACGUACAAUGAACGGGAGAAUUUACCUCUAAUUAUUUGGCUGCUUGUGAAAUAUUUUGAGCAAGACAAAAUCAACUUCGAAGUCAUUGUCAUUGAUGACAACAGCCCCGAUGGAACGCUGGACGUGGCCAAGCAGCUGCAGGAGGUAUACGGCAAGGAUAGGAUAGUGCUGCGGCCCCGUGAGGCGAAGCUUGGUCUCGGCACAGCGUACAUCCACGGCAUGAAGCACUCCACUGGCAAUUUCAUUCUCCUCAUGGACGCUGAUUUGUCCCAUCAUCCGAAGUUCAUUGCUGAGUUUAUCCAGAAACAGCGUGAGGGAGAUUACGAUAUCGUGUCAGGCACGCGCUAUGCCGGCGAUGGUGGUGUAUAUGGCUGGGAUCUGCGGCGAAAGGUGAUCAGCAGAGGGGCCAAUUACGUUGCCCAGAUUCUGCUGCGGCCCGGUGCCUCCGACUUGACAGGGAGCUUCCGCCUUUACCGCAAGGAUGUAUUGAGGAAGCUGAUGGAUGUUUGCGUGUCCAAGGGCUACGUUUUCCAGAUGGAGAUGAUCGUACGUGCGCGGCAGCUCAGCUACAGUGUGGGCGAAGUGCCCAUCAGCUUUGUGGACCGCGUGUACGGUGAGUCCAAGCUGGGUGGGAAUGAGAUUGUAUCAUACCUGAAGGGACUUCUGACGCUCUUUGCAACAACAUAAACUCGUGUGCCCCUCACGCCACAACGAUCGCUAUCAACACGUCUUGAAGCUGGCUUGCAAACUCAUGAAACAUAUUUCUACGCUGCAUGGAUGAAAAUUGCACAUGUUCCAUGAAACCAAGCAUAAAAAUAUUUGCAUUUGGUAGCUGCUGGGGCUCCACAUUCUGCUUAUACAAUGGGGCUUCUGCUUCCUACUCUUGACGAAUUCGCUCUCUAUUUCAUUGCUUAUUCUGUUUUGAUCUCUUCUUUUGUUGGAUUAUUUAUAACAACCUUACUUUUUGUUGUAUGUUUGAAAUUAUUUUUCUAGGCUGCUAGUGCUAGUAUGAACUGUCA